CCCCUAUUACCUCAAACCAAACGCCCACAAGUUGCUCUCACAGGUAAUCCGUCACGGUGUUUCUAUCGUAGCAUAGGGUUUGCGGCAGCUGCGCGACCCUCCGACGAUCGCGUAAUGGCGUGGGGGCGACGAAACCGUGGGACUGGAUGUAGCCUCCGUCGGCCUCCAUGUCACCGAGCGCAUCGGCAGGGACGUCGCCGGCCGCCUCGACCUCGAGGAGGCUAUCGAAGCCUCGCUCUAUGCUAGCCUCCCCCUACUCCACCCUCCCUAAAGAGGUACCUCGCUCUCUGUUGGGAAUCUAAUUGUUGCAGAGUGGUUGUUGAUUCUGAAUGAAGUUGAUCACGAUAAAUAUGAUAAUGUGCACCGAAUUUUGAAUUAGGAACUCCUGUUCUUAUAGGAGAAAAGGAAAUUUUGGAGAAGUAUAUUUAGGUUGCUUCUGUUAGAAAGGUAUACACUUGGUUAGUGCUUUUUUACUUUCCAGAUUUCCAAUCAUGGACUUCACUUCUGUCGAGUUGCAGUUUGUAGAUUCACUGAUAUUACUACUAUGACAAUCCAGAUUAUUCUGUGUGAAGCUCUUUCUAGAGGUGGAGUUGCAGAAGCAUGUUCUGUAGUAAAGAGGGUCGGUUCAAAUAUCUAUACUGGAGUGGAGGGUCGCUUGUCUUUAGAGAUUAUUUAUCUUCAUCUUGAAAUGGCUGCUUCGCAAUGUAUGAAUAUUCUACAAACAGGCCUCAUCAUACGUGCUAGAGCCCUUCUUGCUGCUUGUAAGGUUGAACCAAAGCCUGUAUUAAGCACAUAUGAUCAACUUUUAUCAUAUGGAGCUAUUUUACCUUCGCCAAACCUGAAACUUCGCUGUCUGAGAUCUGUUCUUGCUGUACUCUGUGAGUGGGUUGGGUCUGUAUUUGCACAUACAUUAGGGACCACAGCUGUUGGCGCUUCUCCAAUCCUUGGUGGAUUACUCUUGUUACAACAGACAACAAUCAUCAACCAAGGAGCUCGAGAUAAGAUAAUCAGUUUAGCAAAUGGGCAUACGGUCUCGUUACGUGAAGGGUUUAGGUCCAUUACCUAAACUAUUUGUAGUGGGUGGUUCUAGAGCCACAAACAUCAGUUCAAAACAUCAUGAUGAUUAUGAAAAAUAUACAACUAUGCAGAAAACAAUCGAUGAACAGAAUCUGACUAUACAUGAGCAGCAUCAAAAAUUUGAAGCAUUAUUGCACCAACUUCAACGGGUCAUUCUUGGCUUCUCAUUCCAGUCUCCACCAACAUGCUCUUCAAUUCGACCUCCUCCACCACCUCCCUCGCCUCCAUCAUCGACUAUGUAGUUUUUUAUUUUGCAACAUUAUGUAAUGCGCAUUUUACUACUCAUGUUCUUUUGGAUAAUAUUUGACUAGUUGUGUUCAUGUUUUAAAAAUAUUUGACUAAUUAAUAGUAAAUUGCACUUUUAUGAUGUA